UCAUGUAUGUGUAUCAUAACCAACCACCACCAGGUGUAUCCAGUACAGUUACUAACAACGUGUCGUGAACAGUUCUUCUGCAGACAAAAAAAUAUUGGAAGUAACAAGUAUGACGUCAUAUCUACCGCAACUAAUAUCAACGAAAGUUUUUAAAUGUCCGAAUCCUCACUGCAGAACAACGCAUGACACAGACUACAAAUACUGUCCAGAUUGUGGUACUCAAAGAAAAGACAACAACCCAGACUUAGCCAAAGUGCCUCCUGGACCGCCUCUAAACAUAGUUGUAAUUGGAAAGACAGGACAAGGGAAGAGUUCAACUGGAAACUCAAUCCUAUUCCAGGAUGCUUUCAAUGAUUCGUGUUCAUCAUCAUCUGUUACAAAAGCUUGUGAAUGGAAAACUGUAACCAUUGAUAACCGUGAGUUGUUGGUAGUGGAUACACCUGGAUAUUUAGACACCAGUUUUGAAAAUCCACUGAAUGUACAAGAGAGUUUGAAAUUCACCAGUGACGAAGUAGCACGUGGGUUGACUGUAUUAAAUGAUAGCAUCCAUGCAGUUCUACUGGUGAUGAAGUUUGGCGAGCGAUGCAUUGCAUACGACAGAGCUGUCAUACUUGCGGCGGAAGAACUUUUUGGAGGAGCUCUAAUGGAUUAUGGAAUUAUUUGCUUUUCACAUAAAGAUGAAAUGGAAAGACAAGAAAAGAGAAACAAGACAAAUAAAGAAGAACAUUUGAAACAACUGAGGUCACAGAGUAUUUUUCGAGACAUAUUGGACAAGUGUGGAAACAGAGUGGUAUACUUUAAUAACCUAGCAGCAAGUGAGGUGGAACAAAAAGCUCAAUUAGUUACAUUAAUUAAAUUAAUUGAUAUAACACUGACCAAGAAAAACUUUGUUCCCUUUACUACAGGAAAGCUUGAAGAAGCCAGGGAAAUAGUAAGGCAAAAAAGAGAGAAGGAAAUGGCAGAAGCUGAAGAAAGGAAGUUGAAAGUUGAAGAGAAAAGAAAGGAAGUUGAUGAAAUAAUGGAAAAACAAAAAAUAUUUGAUGAGGAAAAGACAACUGAGGCCAAGACAAAACGGAAGAUGAGUUUGAUGAGAGCUGUGAAAGAAAGAAAUGAGAGAAUAAAAGAGGAAGGAAAAACAAGAAAAUUCACGCUCAGACGAAAAAAGUCCAGCAAAGCUCCAAAGUUAAAUGAGCUCCCCGAAGAUGAUAAACAGUUAGCCGAAGAUAAUAAGACAGAUACAGUGGAAAAUGGUACCACAGACAUAGUAGAGAAUGGUAGAACAGACAAUGUGGAGAAUGGCGAGACCAAUGAGGAAUAUGGUGAAGAAGCAUCAGAAAGUAAAUUAAGAGAAGAAAAUCAAAAUACAUCUGAGAAGGAAAAUGCUGUAUUAGUGGAGAUGUCUAAUCUGAUUCAAGAAAGAAUGAUUAGUGUAGAGGAAAAGUUUACUCAGUGGUCUGAGAAUGAACAGGAGAAAAAACAACCGAAUGUUAAAGAAAAUUCCAAAGACGAACAAAUGUUUAAGUUAGAUGGAGAAUUAGAGGAUAUGGGAUGUUUUUCAUGCGACAGCAAAGUCAUCUUAAAAAAUUGGAAUUUUAUUCCAGUGAAAGAUCUGCAGGUUGGCGAUACAGUUCUCUCUGUUAAAUCCGAUGGUAAGCUAAUAUUUGACGAAGUAUUCAUUAUUACCCACAUGGUCAGCAGGAAAAUUGAAGCUUUAAAGAUCAGUACCGAUAGAGGGCGAUCUAUUACUUUGACAGCCAAUCACAUGAUGCUCAUAAAUGGAGGUUUGGGAUUUGAUUCGAUGCUUCCUGCCAGAAACAUCCAAUCUGGUCAUUUCAUAAUGGUUCUAAACUCAAAUCAAGAACUACAAAUUGAGAUGGUGACUGCUGUAGAGUUGGUUAUGGUUGAUGGAUGUGUUUGUCCAACUACAGCAAGCGGCAGAAUUAUUGUAGAUUCAGUAGUAGUUUCUUGUUAUCCUGAUGAUUUCCCGCCAUUUCUUCAGCAUUAUACUCUGUACGCGCCUAUGAAGGUGUUACAUUGGAUAUUACCGAAUGUUUUCAAGACGGGAAAACAGAAACAUGGAAUGCCAAAGUGGAUCUGGUGGUUAAAAAAAUGUGUUCAUCCAACAUGGAACCGAAUCAAAUCUUUCUACUGAUAUUCACCAACUAUAUUGAACUCAUUUGUUUUUGAUGUCAAAAUCUGAAAUAUGAUAAUCAUCACCUUUAAAAAUGCCUCUUGUCUUGUGACAAGGUAUUUUACCCUAUUUUAUGCCAAGAUUGUCUGUCCUGGGCAGGAAAGUUUUGUGUUUCAAUAAUACUGUAUUGAUAAUACCAUCUUCAAUACAACUUUUAUAAUUAAGCAGGUGAUUGAUAUAAUGAGAUAAUUGUAAGACCUCUCUUAAAAUUUGACCAUUUACCCGCCCAUUGUAUACAGAAUUUAAAUUCAAUAAUUGAUAUGGCAAAUUUUACUUUUGAUAUUAAAUAGUACAUAUUUAGCAUUCAUAUGGUUGUUAAGGUUUAUAAAUAUCCAGGGGUCAGAUAUAUCUUCAGAUAGUUGAAUAUUAAUAAUUAUACAUAUACUGACUUUUAUUAAUGCAAAUGCAUUUCAGGGUAAAACCAUGUUUAUUUUAAACCGGGAAUUGUAUACUGAAUGAAUGCUGCACGAUGUGAAAGAUUCUUAGUGCACUAAGAAAUUAAAGUCGCGUCGGCCAUGUGAAUUCAGCACAGGCCGAUUUAAUUCAAGAUUUUACCUUCUGCGAACAUGCUAUGAAGGGUCCACUAGUGUUCAUGGAUGAAGAGACAAACGUAAUCAAAUGCCUUGCUCUAGGAUAUAAGAAAUAUGACUGGAAUAACAGAUAUUUGAUUAAAUAUGCAAUUGAUUGGUUUUACAAUGCAUUUACUGGGGUAUAAUCAGUCAUUAAAUUGAUAAGACUACACUUUGAAGUUAUCAGUUUUAAGAGAACAUCCUUUGCAUAUUUAACAUUACAUUGCAUGCUAUUAGUGUACAGAUAAUUUUUUUACUAUAAAUUUUAACAAACAGUUUAAGGUUUCAUUGCAGGCAUUCAAAUUGAAUUGAGUGUUAUUUCAAUUAAUUUCUUGAAGACAACUAAAAUAAAAGGCAAUACUUUCCAACAUGCGUACAAUUUUUAUGUACUUAUGAGUUGUAUAUGUAUUUAAAAUAAACUCUCUUAAAAAUAUGUUAGUGUGAGUCAUAAAAGCUUACAUACUCAAUAUUUUCAUGUAUGAAUAUUUUAUGACUAUUUUAGUAUUGAAAUUGACAAUUCUUGGUAGCCAAAAGUGAGAAA